AUGUCUGUGGAUGAGAAGCCUGACUCCCCCAUGUAUGUGUAUGAGUCCACAGUCCACUGCACCAACAUCCUCCUGGGCCUCAAUGACCAGCGGAAGAAGGAUAUUCUCUGUGACGUGACUCUGAUCGUGGAGAGGAAGGAGUUCCGGGCCCACCGGGCUGUGCUGGCUGCAUGCAGUGAAUACUUCUGGCAGGCGCUGGUCGGACAGACGAAAAAUGACUUGGUGGUCAGCUUGCCGGAGGAGGUCACGGCCAGGGGCUUCGGGCCGCUGCUGCAGUUCGCCUACACCGCCAAGCUGCUGCUCAGCCGGGAGAACAUCCGCGAGGUCAUCCGCUGCGCCGAGUUCCUGCGCAUGCACAACCUGGAGGACUCCUGCUUCAGCUUCCUGCAGACGCAGCUGCUGAACAGCGAGGAUGGCCUGUUCGUGCGCCGCAAGGACGGCGCGGCCUGCCCGCGCGCCCACGAGGACCAGGAGAACUCCGCGGGAGAGGAGGAGGAGGUGGAGGAGGAGGAGGAAGAGGUGGAGACCAUGGAGUCGGAUACGGCCAAGAUGGCCUGCCCCAGGGACCAGGCGCGUCCACACCCGGGCAGCUUCGAGGCCAUGGCCGCCGCCGCCGCCCCGGGAGCACCGAAGGAAGAGGCUCUGCUGGUGCCCGAGCCCGACGGGCCCGCGGACACCAAGGAGAGCUCCGACAAGGACGCCUUGACGCAGUACCCGCGAUACAAGAAGUACCAGCUCGCAUGCACCAAGAACGUCUGCAACGCGACAUCCCACAGUCCCUCAGGGUUUGCAAGCACAUGCAGCGAGGAGAGUUCCGGCCACAGCCUCAAGCCCGGGCUCGCCGCCGCCGCCGCCGCCGCCGCCGCGGGGCAGAUCAAGAGCGAGCCUCCCAGCGAGGAGAACGAGGAAGAGAGCAUCACGCUCUGCCUGUCCUCCGGGGACGAGCCUGAGGUCAAGGACCGAGGAGCCGGGGACGUGGAGAUGGACCGCAAGCAGCCCAGCCCCGCGCCCGCGCCCCCCUCGGGCGCCGCCUGCCUGGAGAGGUCCAGGACCCUGGUGGCCUCUCCCUCCUGCCUGAGGUCUCUGUUCGGCGCAACAAAAAGUGCCGCCGAGCUGUCCGGCCUGCCCGGCACGUCUCAGCAGCACUUUGCCAGGAGUUCCGCGUGCCCUUUCGACAAGGGCAUCACUCAGGGUGACCUUAAAACUGACUACGCCCCCUUCGCGGGGGGCUACGGACAGGCCCACAUGGGCCAGAAGGAUGCGUCCGGCCUCCCGCUGGGGUCGCCCCUCAAGGGCCCCGGGGUGGAGGCGCUCUGUAAGCAGGAAGGAGAGCUGGACCGGAGAAGUGUCAUCUUCUCCUCGAGCGCUUGUGACCCAGUGAGCAGCACUUCGGUGCAUUCGUAUUCCGGGGUAAGCAGUCUGGACAAAGACCUCUCCGAGCCGCCGGUGCCAAAGGGUCUGUGGGUGGGGGCCGGCCAGUCCCUCCCCAGCUCGCAGGCCUACCCCCACGGGGGGCUGAUGGCCGACCACUUGCCAGGAAGGAUGCGGCCCAACACUAGCUGCCCCGUGCCAAUCAAGGUCUGCCCGCGCUCGCCCCCCUUGGAGACCAGGACCAGGACUUCCAGCUCGUGCUCCUCCUACUCCUACGCGGAGGACGGGAGCGGGGGCUCGCCCUGCAGCCUCCCGCUCUGCGAGUUCUCCUCCUCACCCUGUUCCCAGGGAGCCAGAUUCCUUGCCACAGAACAUCAGGAGCCAGGCCUGAUGGGAGAUGGAAUGUACAACCAAGCCCGACCCCAAAUUAAAUGUGAGCAGUCUUACGGAACCAACUCCAGUGACGAAUCCGGAUCGUUCUCGGAAGCAGACAGUGAGUCGUGUCCUGUGCAGGACAGGGGCCAGGAGGUCAAACUCCCCUUUCCUGUAGAUCAAAUCACAGAUCUUCCGAGGAACGACUUCCAGAUGAUGAUCAAGAUGCACAAGCUGACCUCAGAGCAGCUGGAGUUCAUUCAUGACGUCCGGCGGCGCAGCAAGAACCGCAUCGCAGCCCAGCGCUGCCGCAAGAGGAAGCUGGACUGCAUUCAGAACUUAGAAUGUGAAAUCCGCAAACUGGUGUGCGAGAAAGAGAAGCUGCUGUCCGAGAGGAACCAGCUGAAAGCGUGCAUGGGGGAACUGCUGGACAACUUCUCCUGCCUUUCCCAGGAAGUGUGCCGAGACAUCCAGAGCCCCGAGCAGGUCCAGGCCCUGCAUCGGUACUGCCCCGUCCUCAGACCCACGGGUCUCCCCACAGCCUCCAGUGUUAGCCCCGCGCCCCUGGGCGUGGAGCAGAGCCUGGCCGCCCCUCCGUGUGCGGCUGGGGACCCGGUGCCCUGCUGUUUGGAGCAGGGUGCAGCUCCGCCCGGGCCCCCGUGGGCCCCCGGCAACGCCUCAGAGAACUGCACCUCUGCGCGGAAGCUGGAAGGCACUGACCCGGGAACCUUCUCAGAGAGAGGCCCUCCUCUGGAACCCAGGAGCCAGACGGUGACCGUGGACUUCUGCCAGGAGAUGACUGACAAGUGUACAACUGACGAACAGCCCAGGAAAGAUUACACCUAG